AUGGCUACAGUGACCCUGGGUUCAUGGAUUCAUCAUCCUUCCUCUAUCUCUACGCAAUCCAAAACACCACCCAGAUCCAGAUCUUCUUCCCUCAUGACUCUUAAUAAACCCAUCUUCCUCAAUUCAAAACGCACCGUUUCAUCGUCUUCCUACAUCGUUUCCUCUUCCGUCGUUACGAAAGAAGACAAUCGCAAAUCCUCUUCUUCCUCCUCCUUCUCCUCCUUCGAUUUCAUGUCUUACAUCAUCCGCAAAGCCGAAUCCGUCAACAAAGCUCUAGACUCCGCCGUGCCUCUCCGUGAGCCGCUCAAGAUCCACGAAGCGAUGCGUUACUCUCUCCUCGCCGGAGGCAAACGAGUCAGACCCGUUCUCUGCAUCGCCGCUUGCGAGCUCGUCGGCGGCGAAGAAACCCAAGCUAUGCCGGCCGCUUGCGCCGUCGAAAUGAUCCACACCAUGUCGUUGAUCCACGACGACCUCCCCUGUAUGGAUAACGACGAUCUCCGCCGCGGAAAGCCCACGAACCACAAGGUUUACGGCGAAGACGUCGCGGUUUUAGCCGGAGACGCGCUUCUCUCCUUCGCGUUCGAGCAUCUAGCGUCGGCGACGAGCUCCGAGGUUUCUCCGGUGAGAGUGGUUAGAGCUGUGGGGGAAUUGGCGAAAGCCAUUGGCUCAGAAGGGCUCGUGGCAGGACAAGUGGUGGACAUAAGCAGUGAAGGGCUAGACUUAAACGACGUCGGAUUAGAGCAUUUGGAGUAUAUUCAUUUGCACAAAACGGCGGCGUUGCUUGAAGCUUCUGCGGUUUUGGGAGGGAUCGUUGGAGGAGGAAGCGACGAUGAGAUCGAGAGGCUGAGGAAGUUCGCGAGGUGUAUUGGGCUCUUGUUUCAGGUGGUUGAUGAUAUUUUGGAUGUGACGAAAUCGUCUCAGGAAUUGGGGAAAACUGCUGGGAAAGAUUUGAUUGCUGAUAAACUGACGUAUCCUAAGAUCAUGGGAUUGGAGAAAUCGAGAGAGUUCGCUGAGAAGUUGAAUAGGGAAGCUCGUGAACAGCUUUUAGGGUUUGAUUCCGACAAGGUGGCUCCUUUGUUGGCUUUGGCUAGUUACAUUGCCAAUAGACAGAACUGA